UUUACUUGACAUUAGUUUGAUUUAAGUAAAUAAAACAAAAUUAUAAAUAAUAAACUAUUUAUUAUGUUCUCAUAAUAUCUCCUCUCAAUAAUAUUCUCUUAGUAUCCCCCCCCAUUUAUAUUACGAUCUUCCUAAUAAUGCCUCUUUUUCAAUAGAUGAUGUUUUUAAUGGUUUAUCUAAUCUUAAUAAUAAUAAAUCUAUUGGGUCUGACGGUAUUCCUGGUAACUUCCUAUUUAACCUACGACAUUCGAUAUUCUUUCCACUCUGGAUGAUUUUCCGAAAAUCUCUUGAUGAAUAAUCGUUUCCAUCCAUUUUCAAAAUUUCCUCUAUUACUCCUCUUUAUUAAAUCCGGUGAUCCAACUCAAGUUGUGAAUUAUCGUCCUAUUUCUAACCCUUCUCAUUUAUCAAAACUUUUUGAGUCCCUUGUCUUUUAUUCAAUUAAAUCUAGUACUAAUAACUUUUUUAUUGAUGAACAACAUGAUUUCCGUCAUGCAUACUUUAACAUGCAAUCUUGUAUUUCAAUCUUUCAUUACCGAUUCUUUCCUUGUCCAUGCUCAAGUAGAUGUCAUUUAUACUGAUUUUUCAAAAGCCUUCGAUAAACUUAAUCUUAAUAUCCUGUCUGAACUUCUAUUCCACGCUGGUUUUGGCAAACCACUCCUCUCUUGGUUAAUUUCAUAUUUAACUGAAAGAAACCAGUGGGUAAAUAUUCAAGGUUGUGCUUCUAAAGUUAUAACCCCCUCCUCCGGUGUUCCACAAGGUUCAAUCCUAUCUCCCCUUCUUUUUUCCAUUUUUGUAAAUGGCGCUAAUUCUGUUUUAUAGCAUGCUAAAAUACUCCUUUUUGCAGAUGACUUCAAAUUAUUUAUGCGUGUUACUAAUAGUUCCGAUGUUAUUUUACUUCAAACUGAUCUAGAUCGCUUAGUUAGUUGGGCUGAAUCAAUUGGCUUGACUUUUAAUACCUCUAAAUGUUAUAAAAUGACUUUUUCACGUAUUUAUAAUCCUAUAUCUUCAACUUACUAUAUUCAUAACCAUCUUAUUUCUUCUGUUCCUUCUAUAGUUGACCUUGGGUUUCGUCUCACUCCUACUUUAAAUUUUCGACUUCAUAUUGAAGAAGUAUGUUGUAAGGCUCUGAAAACUUUAGGUUUCAUUCAGAGAAUUUCUCAUGAAUUUCACCUAUCAAGAUCACUAAAAAAUCUUUUUUGUUCGCUGGUUCGCCCUAUCCUUGAAUAUGGUUUGGUGUUAUGGGAUCCUUAUACAACUACCGACUCUAUGAUGCUUGAAAUAGUGCAACGUAAAUUUUUACGCUUUGCAGCUCAUAUCCUUAAUUUCCCCCAUCCACCUCAUGACUUAACUCCUAUUCAAAAUUUCUUACAACUUCCUUCCUUAUCUGCUAGAAAACAUGACUCUAAUAUCCGUUUCCUUUCUAAACUCUCAGCUGGCUUGAUUGAUUCUACUGUCCUACUUUCUACAUUGAAUUUUCGGGUACCUGCUCGUUCAACUCGCUAUACUACCCCUUUCCUCAUUCCUCAUUCAUCUUCUAAUUAUAUUUUUCAUUCCGCUCUCCCACGUUUAAUACGCAUUGCAAAUAAUGACCCUGAUUUUUUAUAUUCUUUUAAUUUUUAAUGUAGUCAUUUAGCCUUCCUAUUUAAUAUUUAAAUUUUUGAUUAUGUUCAAAUUUUUCUUUUUCUCUUUGUCAAGCUUAAGUUUAUUAUUGUUUCAUUUUUAGUUAUUAGAUAAUUUUAAGUUGUCCAGUUCACUGUCUAAUACAUAUUGUAUUUUUUGGGCU